AUCAUGUGAAUGUGCGUCGAACCAUAAGUCCAAAAUACCUUAUUUCAUGGCCAACCAUUUUUUGGCCAUUGUGUCCUCUGACUCCUCUCUCUGGUCCAAGAAAUUCCAUCGUCGGCAUUUAAAAGGUCUCGACUUGAGAUCAUCUCUUCACAAAACAAAAAUGAAAGACCACAACAAUGCCAAACAUGGCUGGUUCACCAAGUGCAUGAAGGCACCAAUCAGACUCCUCACCAAGGCCAAGCACUUCUACAUCCACAGCAUCACCGAGUGCUCCGGCCGCUUCCCUUACCUCGACGCCGCCAUGGGCUGCCCCACCGGCCAACUCUCUGCCCUCCCUCGCAGCUUUAGCGUUAGCUCUACCAGAUCAAGCUCCGUUCAAGAUUACAAGGACCUUGUCAAGGCUGCUGCUGCUGCAAGGACUUCCCCUGUCAGCCGAGUUGAAUUUGGUGUUCCGGCCAAACAGCCUGCUCCGCCGGCUAGAGUGCCUCGGAGUCGCAGCGUUGUGAUCGGAAGAAUCGACGAGGACAAGCCUUGUGACUUCGGAGACGAUCUACCAAUCAGGCCAAAUAUAUAUCCAAGAAGCAAAAGCUAUGCUGCUCGCAGGAGAUCAGGAACGCUUUGACGUUCAAGCGACUAUCGUAAGCCAAAGCCUGAAAUGAACUUUUUUUCAGAAGUAUAUAAAGUACUGGUUCUUCUUUUUUAAAGUACAGAGUGGCCUGAGAUCUCUGAGUUUAAUUUGGGGAGGCGUGUUAAGGCAUGAACUUUGUGAAAGAUGUAUGUCUAAAAUUAGAAUGCUCAACUUUUUUUUUUUUCUACAGAAAGUUACGAAGAAUUUGUGCUCAUGACAGUGAGUAUUUUUAAUUAAUUUGUGUGGUUUUUAUCUGUCAGGAUCUAGGAUUUAUUUAUAUAUAUUUACAGCUUGGACCCAAAUGAAACAAAUCAGAUAGAAAAUGAAAUAUUAUCCA